AUGGAUCGUGAGAACCCCCCGCCAAAUCCCAAAGGUUCGGAGAUAGUGGAGGAAGGACCGGCCUCGAAACUGCACCAAGCCUACGAAAGCGAUCUUGAAAUGGAAGAUGCAUACAUAAAACAGUAUAAUGCGCAAUUAGCAUCUUCUUCAGAAUCGGAACCUGAAACGGAUGACCAGGGAAAGGACGAAAACGACCAUCAUUCCCAUCUAACUUUGGCGGGAAUUGAACCGCCCCUCUCACCCACAUCUUCUAUCGUAUCGUUGGAACCUACGUCGAAAACCACUACCAAAACUUCCAAGCCGAAUAAUAAGAAUGCGGAAACAGCGUUUCUUCCUUCCCUGACCAUGGGUGGCUACUGGUCAGGAUCAGAAUCCGCCGAAGAGGACGCGGCAGCAGCCGCCAUUCAGCCGCGGAAAAACAGGAUGGGCCAGCAAGCUAGGAGAAAAUUAUGGGAAAAGAAGUUUGGUUCAGGGGCUAAUCAUCUUAAAAACCAACCGCCAGAGAAGGAAAAAUCGCGUGAUAGUGGAUGGGAUAUGCGGAGAGGAGCUUUGUCUCGUGAUGAGACGAGAGGGAAGCGGGGAAGAGGGGGGCUUCCGGGUGCCUUGUCUUCUCGAAGACCCAAAGUCGAAAGCGCCGCACAGGCUCCAAAUCCGAACUUUGAACAGCGUAGGAAUCGCCAAGACUCAGAGCAAAAGCCUCUGCAUCCUUCCUGGGAAGCAGCGAAGAAAGCCAAGGCAUGGAAAGCUCAGGCUUCUUUCCAGGGGAAGAAGAUCACAUUCGACUGA